AUGUCACUAUCGCGAUCACCCUCUCCCCACCCGGGCGGAGGGUGGUCCAGCCCGGGUCUAACACCUGGUAGCGGGACCGCAACUCCGCGCGGAUAUUCACCAAACUCCCUUUCACCAGGCGGUAUUUCCUGGGCAUCGGCCAAAGCGAAAAGCGACGAGGUGCGCGGGUACCCGUCUUUCUCGACGCGCAACAGCGGCUUCUUCUCUAGACAGAAACAUCGCAUCUCAUCCAGUUUCAGGGGUCAAUCAGGUACCAAUGGAUAUGUGGACAAGGAUGCAUAUGGACGCGCGCAGUGGCGCUCUGGUGGCGCUGGGCGUGGGUCAUUAGCUGCCCUGAGAAUGUUGAUGCGACGCGGAAGGGUCCGCGUUUUCGCUGGAAUCCUACUGCUGUUGCUCGGUUAUCUCUUUAUCUGGUCGACGCUGGUUCAAUUGUUUCGCCGGUCGCCUCUCGGAGGAGGACGCAAGGUCGUGAUUAUUCUGGGGUCAAAUACAGAGGGUGGUGUUAUGGAUUUGAAAGGGGCACGCGAGUGGGCGAUCGAGCGCAACAGUAUCUGGAACAAAGAGCGAUAUGCAAAGAGAUGGGGAUACGAGUUGGAAAUUGCCAAUAUGCUGGCUAAGAAGCGGUAUUCUCACGAGUGGCGCGAGGGCUGGGAGAAAGGCGACGUGAUCCGUGAAGCCAUGCGCAAAUACCCCAAUGCGGAGUGGUUUUGGUGGCUCGAUCUGAAUACCUGGGUGAUGGAGUAUGGGACAUCACUGCAGCACCAUGUAUUCAGCGACCUAGAAUCGCUGGUCUACCGUGACAUCAACGAUUACAAUCCCCUCAACAUCACACACCCACUUCCGGAGUUUUACUUGGAUGAUCUAGGCCGCUCUCUAGAAGGCGACAAGGAUCCUCGCUCGCUCGACAUGCUUCUUACCCAAGACUGCGGCGGUUUUAACUUGGGCUCUUUCUUGAUCAAGCGUUCUCUCUGGACGGAACGACUCCUGGAUGCAUGGUGGGACCCCGUCAUGUACGAACAGAUGCACAUGCAGUGGGAACACAAGGAGCAAAAUGCUCUGGAGUACAUUUACCAAAGCCAGCCUUGGAUUCGCAGCAGCGUUGGAUUCUUACCUCAACGCACCAUCAACGCUUUCCCUCCGGGUGCCUGUGGUGAUACCAACAAUCCUUCCAUUCACUACCAAGAGGAAGACCAUGACCUCGUCGUGAACAUGGCUGGCUGCAUGUUUGGUCGCGACUGCUGGGCUGAGAUGUACAACUACCGGGAAAUCAGUGAUCGACGCAAUAGGACGCCCUGGGAAGCUUUGAAAGAUGCUAUCGGUGGGCUAUACAAUCGGGGGCCUGAUGAGGAUGAAGGGGACCAACAAUAA